CCUCCGUUGGAGAGGAGGUAAUUGGGGGAGAGAUCUUCAGACCUAGGUUUACAACUGUGAACGAUCCCGGACGGUUCGAUCGCCUUCUUACUGGAGCCGAGCAUCAACAAAGAGAUGAGCUUAUAAGUGAUAAGGGUAGAACUCAUUACCGUGCCAUCAUUAAUGAAAAUGCUCUCCGGUUAGCUGGUCUUAGCUUUGUUUCUGAUAGUGCUGUUGAGAUUAUCGAUGAUGACCAGGGUCGUGGCGAUAAAGUCACGAAGAGGAUGAUGAAGAAGCUUGCUGAGAGAGCCAACCCUCCUGAGCCUACCACUCCUGCUUUCCUCCAGCACAGUCAGCAAGCUGGGAAGAGGUUUAGAGAUGCCGAUGGUCACAUGCAGACUGCUUUCAUGCCGGCUUGGGGUAUUUGUGAUCAGCAUUCGGUGUCUGGGAGUUCUCUCCUAGCUAAGGACUGGUCUAGGGAGUGUAUAACUCCUCCUGAUCGAACCAACAUUGUGGAGAGAACGAGCCUUGACGAGGCGGAGCAGCUUGGUGCUAGUGCGGCCUAUAAUCUCAACUCCUACUUCCAGGCGGCUAUUUAUCAAGCUAAUGCUUCAAGGAGUCUGAGAGGGCUCUUCAGAAAGAGAAGGUUAGCUUGACUAGAGCGAUGAACGAUUGGGAGAGCCGUGCUCAUUCGGCUGAGGACAUGGUCACAUCUCUUCAAAACAGGAUGAAGACUCUCGAGGAGGGUUUGGAGAAGAACAAGGGGAUGAUUAUCCACGAGUACAUGGACUCUGACCCUUU